UGAUGUUCCUGAACACCCUGAUAGGUGGCUCUAAUUGCGCCUGUGCAAAAAAAAAAACAACAACACUUCGCUGACGUGUAUGGGCUGAUGGGAUUGAUGUGUAGCUGCUUUUGAUGCCGAAUUACUUGGAUUUCAGGACUUGACUUGUGAAGAUGAGUGUGGAAGUGGAAAGAAAAUUUCUGUGCAAUGCUGACACUCUGAAAACACUGGAGGAGAUCGGGGCAGUGUGUGUUGGUCAGCUGCAGUUUUGUGACCAGUACUUUGACACCCCCAAGUUUGACCUGACUCUGAGAGACAUGUGGCUGCGUAAACGUGAAGCAUGCUGGGAGUUAAAGUGCCCGACGACGGUCAACGGGACAGAAGAGACGUCUGGGGAACAAUCUAAAGCGGCAGCACUGUGUUCCCGCUACAAGGAGAUAACCAAUCUGCCUGAAAUUCAACUGAGAGUGAAAGAGGUCAUACAAGAUGUUUGUGAGGACAGAGAGACAGAGGCAAGCCACUCACAGGAGGAGGAUUCUUGGCUGAGCAAAAUUAAUCUAGUGUGCUUCGCAAAGUUUACAACAGAUCGGCGGUCAUUCACUUUAGAGGAGGAAGGGGUGCAGAUAGAUCUCGACCAAGCUGACUUUGGCUAUCACGUGGGAGAGAUAGAGGUCCUAGUUCCAGAGGGAGGAGAUGUGCAGUCUGCCUUGGAGAAGAUCGAAAGAACGGCUGGAAAGCUGGGUCUGACUGGAGAUAAGCGAGUUGAAGGGAAAAUGCAUGUUUACCUCCAGAGAAAUCACCCAGAGCACUAUGCUAAACUACUGAGAGAACAUAUUUUGUAAGACAUUAUUAUACACAAUCUCUAACUGUAAGGGAUAAAUAGUCUUUAAGAUGUACUGUACAUAGUCAUAUCUGUUUACGGGGGUAUUAUGUAUUAGAAAGCCUAUUUUUAUUAAAACAAAAAAUGUAAAGAUGCACUGUGUUUAAUCACCAUACAGACCUGAAUCUCUCAAGACAUUUCCUGAAUUAGAAACUUUAGAAACCAGCAUUAGGUCCUUGAAAUUAACACUUGCGGGGUGCUCAGUGGCUGUGUCCUAUAUAGUCCAGGCAUUUUACCUAAAAAUGUGGGUCAACCUCACACAAAUUGCAACAAAAACAAACUCAAUGGAUUCUGUGUCUUCAAUAUGUUCUGAAUGAGAGAAAGAAAAACCUGUUGAAUUGUAUAAAGGGAACAUUUUGGAACACAUUUGAUCGUGUUGUAUUUUUCUUUGAAGAAAAGAAAUAAAAUGAAAAAACCCAUACAG